AUGCCUCUCCCCACCUCAUCCAUCUACCAACCUCCAUCGGCCGAGUUCAUGAAAUGGCCGAGCCGAAGAAGCGUAGUUCACAGCACCAAAGGAAUUGUGGCUUGCACACAACCGCUUGCCGCCAAGUGCGGUAUCGACAUCCUCAAUGCAGGAGGAAAUGCUGCAGAUGCCGCCGUGGCCGUUGCUGCCGGCCUGAACAUGACGGAGCCUUGCUCAACCGGCAUUGGCGGUGACAUGUUCUGCCUCUACUACGAUGCCUCGACUGGCAAGGUCUCGGCCCUGAACGGCUCUGGACGUGCGGGCGGCAAGUGUACGCUCGAGAACGUCCGGAAGAGCCUAAAGAUUCCAGAGGGUACCGUGGGAAAGAUCCCCAUGAGCAGCGUUCACGCUGUGACAGUGCCUGGUGCUGCCGCCGGUUGGGUCGAUACUGUCGAGCGGUUCGGUAGUGGCAAGUUGACCAUGGAGCAGAUUCUCGCACCGGCGAUUGAGCUGGGUGAGAAGGGAUUUCCUGUUUCGGAGACGACGGCUUAUUUCUGGGGAAGACAGGAAAAGGGCAUCCGCGAAGCGUCUCCCAACUUCGCGGAGAUGUUAAAGGCCGAUUCCUCUGCUCCUGGCGGUGUCCGCGCUCCCAAGGCCGGCGAAAUCAUCAAGCUCCCCAACCUAGCCAAGACCUUCCGCACCCUGGCAACCGAAGGUAAGAAGGGUUUCUACAGCGGCCGCAUUGCCGAGGAACUCGUAAAAGUCGUCAACGGCUUCGGCGGCCAUCUCGAGCUUGCCGACCUCCAACACCACCUCGAAACCGGCAGCGAAUCCGUCGAGCCCAUCUCCCUGAAAUUUCCCAACCCUCACGGCACCUCCGAAACCGACGGCGUCGAGCUUUGGGAACACCCUCCCAACGGCCAAGGCAUCGUUGCCCUGAUGGCCCUCGGCAUCCUCAAGCACCUCAUCAAGCAAGGCACCAUCCCAGCCUUCGGCCCCUCCGACCACAACACGGCCCCUUACCUGCACGCCAUCGUCGAAGCCCUCCGCAUCUCCUUCGGUGACGCCUCCUGGUUCGUCACCGACCCCAACGCCGCUCCCGGCGUCCCGACCUCCCAGCUCAUCUCGGCCUCCUACCUCGCCGAGCGCGCCAAGCUCUUCUCUCCAUCCUCCGCCAACACCUCGGUCCUGCAACCGGGCGACCCGUACGCCUCUCCCGCCCUGACCUCCUCCGACACCGUCUACUUCGCCUGCUCUGACUCCCAAGGCAACGCCAUCUCGUUUAUCAACUCCAACUACGGCGGCUUCGGCACCUGCAUCAUCCCCGCCGGCUGCGGUUUCACGCUUCAGAAUCGCGGCGCCAACUUCUCGCUGGAUGCGAAGCACCCGAAUGUGCUAGCGCCGAGAAAGAGGCCUUACCACACGAUUAUUCCCGGUCUGGUCACGAAUCUGCAGGAUAGCAGUCUGCAUUCCGUGUUUGGCGUCAUGGGCGGGUUCAUGCAGCCGCAGGGGCAUGUGCAGACGUUGCUUGGGCAGGUGUUGUGCGGGCUGAGCCCGCAGCAGGCGUUGGAUGCGCCGAGAGUGUGUAUCGGCGCGGGAAUGCCAGAUGAGGGGAAUGUGUAUGAUGCGACGGUACAUGUGGAAGAGGGGAUGCCGGAGGAGACGGUAGAUGGAUUAAGGAAGUUGGGGCAUAAGGUGGAGGUUGUGAAGGGUAUGGGGAGAAUCGUGUUCGGUAGGGGACAAAUUAUUCGAUGGACGAAGGAUAUUGACGGCACGGGGGUGUGGUCGGCGGGAAGCGAUAUGAGAGGCGAUGGUGCUGCUUACCCGGCGUAA